AUGAAGUCCUGGCUCCCCAUCCCACCCCGGUCGCACUUUUCGCUGCUGAACAUUCCUUUCGGGGUGAUUUCAAGCAAAGAUAAGCAAUUACACAGACCCGCUAUCGCCAUCGGAGAACACAUCCUCGACCUUGAUGCUUUUGCUACAGGCGGAGGUUUCAGUAAAGCAGCAAAUGUGUCUUCCGAGCAUGCAAAAGCGUUCUCCCAGCCCACCCUGAAUGCCUUUGCCGAGCUUGGCCGACCGGUGCAUCGCGCCGUCCGUUUAUACCUUCAGGACAUAUUUCUCAACGACACCCCUCAUCCAGACGUGUUGAAGGACAAUGAGACUCUCAAAAAGGCGGCUUUGAGGCCCAUUUCGGAGGUGUCUAUGCACCUCCCGUUCGCCAUUGGAGAUUACACAGACUUUUUUGCUGGAAGAAACCAUGCUCACAACGUUGGUGUUCUGUUCCGUGGACCGGCCAACGCCCUUCAGCCGAAUUACAGCCAUUUGCCCGUCGCCUACCACGGUCGUGCAAGCUCAGUCGUUGUCUCUGGAACUCCUCUUAGACGGCCUUGGGGACAGGCGCUGCCGGCCCCUGGCGCAACCGAGCCCGUUUUCCGGCCAUGUGCGCGCCUCGACAUUGAACUCGAGAUGGGCAUGUUUAUAAGCAAGCCGAACGACCUUGGUAGCCCGGUGUCUGUCAAAGAUGCCGACGAGCACAUCUUCGGCUACGUCUUGAUGAACGACUGGAGUGCAAGAGAUAUCCAGCAAUGGGAAUAUGUGCCCCUUGGUCCGUUCAACGCGAAGAAUUUUGGAACCACGAUUAGCGCCUGGGUCGUGCUUGCGGACGCACUUGAGCCAUUCAGAACAAAAGGGCUAGAGAAUGAAACCCAACUACAGAAGUAUCUCCAAGAAGAUCGGUCUGACAACGUUCUUGACAUCAAGUUAGAAGUAACUCUUGCUCAAUCUUCUCUGGUCCUGGCCGCAGAUGGUGGCUCAUCACUCAAUCUCUGGGUGUAA